AUGCAACGUGAUUCCGAUGAUCCUCCUACAAGUUCCCGGCGCUUGGCCGGUGGCAGCCCGGUAUUCUAUCCUAGAGUACUUUCAGCGACACUGCUUGAAGCAAGGGGUAAGGUCCUCAACACCACUGAAGAAAAACGAGGCAGCAAAAAAAAUCCAACUCAAAUCACGAAAAAAACAACAAAAAAGUUUGACCGACGCAGGGGUCGAACCUGCAAUCUCUUGAUUCGUAGUCAAGCGCCUUGCCAUUGGGCCAGCCGGCCAGAUUGUUGA